UAAGAGUAAUCUGACAGAACAGAAUUGCUAGCUAGAACAAACAUACGAUUCCUCAAAAUUAACUGUAGGAAUUAAAUCCCAAGAAUACUGGACAAAGGCUGUCACUGUAACAGUAUUCCUGUAAUAUUUCCCAAAAAUUAUCUUUUCAAUUCUUCCAUUGCAGAUGCUGCUCUAUAUAUAUAUAUAAUCCAAGUCCACCUGCAGGUUUCUGACAUCCCAGCUUCCUCCUCCACCCCACCGCCGAGAAGGCAACAUCAACAUAGGAAUGUCGACAAGCAAUCAUGUGUGUCUCGUUCUUGUUUCGGUGUCGUCCAUGUUGCUGAUCUUACCCUGUCUGAUCAGCGCAUCGAUUGCAGCUCAAACUCAUCCGCGGAUCAAGCAAAAGGGCUGCAAUCUGUACCAAGGAAAGUGGGUUUACGAUGAAUCCUACCCGCUUUUCGACUCAUCGAAAUGCCCAUCAAUCCGCAAGGAAUUCGACUGCUUGAAGUACGGCCGCCCUGAUCAUCAGUAUCUGAAGUAUAGAUGGCAGCCCGACGGCUGUGACUUACCUCGAUUUGAUGGCGGAGAUUUUCUUAGGAGAGUGAAGGGCAAAAAGAUUAUGUUUGUCGGGGAUUCAGUGAGUUCGAAUCAUUGGCAAUCACUUGUGUGCCUGCUCAGUCAGCACGUACCGGGAUCCAACAUCAGCAGGGUCACAAGUAACACAACAUCCACCGUUGUAUUUCAGAACUACGGAGUCUCAGUCACAAUGUUCCUGUCGCAUUAUUUAGUAGACAUCGAGCAGGAGCAAGUUGGUAGAGUGCUGAAGCUGGAUUCAAUCAAAGACGGCGAGGCAUGGAAGCAGGCCGACGUCUUGAUCUUCAACACAUGGCUCUGGUGGUACCGUAGCGGACCUAAGCAACCGUGGGAUUAUAUUGAAAAUGAUGGGAAGAUAGUGAAGGACAUGGACCGUAUGGAUGCGUUUCAUAAAGCUCUUACAACAUGGGCUAAUUGGGUUAACUCAGAAGUGAAUCCUUCGAAAACCAAAGUGUUCUUCCAAGGAAUCUCUCCCUCUCAUUACAAUGGGACAGAGUGGAAUGAGCCAGGAGCAAAGGACUGCUCGAGGGAAACAGCACCCCUGGACGGAUCAACAUAUCCAGGUGGUGAGCCAUUGGCAGCAGAAGUUGUGAAACAAGUUCUGCGCAGUAACAUCUCUCCAUCAAAACCAGUGCAUCUGCUUGAUAUCACAACUCUGUCACAGUUGAGAAAAGAUGGGCAUCCCAGUAAGUACAAUGCCUUCGCAGGCAUGGACUGCACGCAUUGGUGCCUGGCCGGCGUCCCCGACACAUGGAACCAGCUUCUCUAUGUGGAGCUACUUCAAGGAAGAUGAAAGGAUUUUGCACCACAUUCAUCCAAUUUUUAGUAGUAUAGACGAAUACUAAUAAAACUGAGAUAAACACUCACAUAAAAUCGUUUCGUGUACCUUUUAGCUAAGGGUAGAAAUUUAUCAAAAUAAUUACUCACUAUGUCAAAUAUAUAAUACACCAUGUUGCAUUUGUGAUGAGGGCAUAUGUAUAAAACCAUUGAUGUGUGAGGUAACUGAUGGAUUGGUUACAAUAUGAGAAAAUAAUUUGGC